AUGUAGUAUCUAUUGUCACUAUCAAGAAAUUUACAAUCUGAGAAUGUUGUUUUGAAUCCAAAUCUAAAUUUCAGAGAUUAGAAUGUUUAGAAAAGUUUUAAAACUUUCUAGAAGAAGUUAAAUCAAAGUACAAUGAUGUUUAUGGAAACUUUUAAAAUGUGUUUGGAAAUAGCAUUGACUAUUUCCUUUAUAGUUUAGGAGAUUUAUUCAACAUAUUCAUUGAUUCUGAUAGUUUUUCCAUUGUCAAGUUUGUUCCAAAUAUGGAGUAUAUAAAGGAACUCAAAAUUUAAUGACUAUUUGAAAAUAAUUCACGUUUUAGCACUUCAUAUCUUUUUGAGUUUUCAUAGUGAAUAGUUUCUCAUCAAUGGAUAUGUGCAACUAUAUUAUAUUUAUGUUACUCAAAGUUUAAAUAAUAAGAAAUACUUAAUUUGUUACUUUGCAAUAAUGUAAAUUACUUAUAUGUAUUUUGAUAAUGACUUUGAUUGCAUUCUUUUACCUUUUUAAUGGAUAUUCAUUUUUGCAAUCUCCAUCAGUAUAUAUUUGAGAGAGCGAAGGAAGCUAGUUUAUUUCUUUGAGAAAUUCAAUUUCAGCCAUGAUCUCUCAUAUUAAGAGGUAGUACUCAAUCACAGUCUACAAUAGAAUUUAUUUGUAAUUAAGUUGAAUUCUGAUAUGAAAAUGGAAGAUUAAUUCGAAGUCCUAUUUGUUAAUUAGGCUUGUAAGAAGGAAUUUGCUACCAUUGAAAAUAUAUAUUAAAGAACAACUCAAAUACAUAUAAUAAAUUGCAAUGAGUCUAAUCUUUCUUAAUGUAAUUACAAAAUCAAUUUCAGUCAAGAAUUGCCUUAGAAUAAUUUAAAAGCAUCCACAGGUGAAUAAAUUAAUAUGAUUGAAAAAACUUACUCAUUAAAUUAAAUCCUUUAUCAAUAUAUUAAUAACUCUUAAAACAAAGAAAUCUAAGAAAAUUUUCCCUUAAAGUUAACCGGAUUGAUGAGUAAUCAUCAUCAUUAAACAUACGAUAUAUUAGUUACUCCAUGCAUAUGGAAACAUCAAAAAAGCUACAUAGUGUCCUUAAUUGAGAUAACAGAUAGGAUCAAGAUAUCUUAACUGGAGAAGUUGGAUCAAUAUAAAGAUAAUGUAUUAGCUACAGUCAGUCAUGAUUUAAAGAAUCCAAUUUGUGUUAUCUAAUCCAUGAUAACAUUAGUGUAGGAUAGCUUAUAUGAAUUGUCUGAAAUGGGUACUAAUCCAGAUAACCUAUAGAAGAUACAGUCUUGUUGCAAUUAUUUGGAAAUGUGUUAAACCAAUGUCCAAAUUUUAUAAUCAUUUGUUAAUGAUUUAUAGGAUUUCGCUUAAAUUAAAUAAUAGAAGUUAAAAUUAUCGAUUAGUUAGUUUGAUAUUGCAUAAUUGAUUUAGGAUGUUAAGAAUGUAUUUCAAAUCUAAAUUCAAAAAAAGAACUUGCAAUUAGAUAUUGUCUCAAAUCUAAAGUCAGCUUAAUCUCUUAAUAAUGAUCCUUUAAGAAUUAAGCAAAUUCUCUUUAAUUUACUCUCAAAUGCAAUCAAAUUCACUUCAAAAGGAAAAAUAUCAAUAUCAUUUUCUGAUGAUCCUUAAGAUAUUUGCAGAUUUUCUCAAAAUGUUGAGGAAUAGAUUUAAACAAAUAAAUCAGUGGUUGAUAUUAAUACUCUCAUGAAAAACCAGUAAAGAUUGAUUCUAUGUACAGUUUCUGAUAACGGUAGCGGGAUGAGCCAAGAAAUUUAGAAGAGACUUUUCAGAAAUUUUGCUACUUAUGACAAUGAUAGCAAUACAAACAUGUAAAGUAUUAGGAUAACAUAUUAGAAAUGGUGUGGGUUUAGGAUUAAUAAUAUGUAAGUAGUUGUGCGGGUACAUUGGACCUUUGUAGUACAUAUAUCUAUAAUCCUAAGUUGGAGUUGGUUCAAAAUUUUAAUUCGUCAUUUAUAAAAAUUAUGAUAAAUAGCAUCACUAAUAAUAAGAUUAGUUUAGUGUCGAUUCAAUUGAUUAUGAUGUUUCAGCACAUUCUCCAUACAAAAAUAUCAUUAGUACCAACCACCUUACUCCUUUGUAUAAAAAGAUUAACAGGAGAGAUCAAUUAUCAGUUCUAAUUGUUGAUGAUUAGUCAUUUAAUAAUAUGUUACUAAAAAUAUAAUUAUCAAAAAUAGGGAUCCAUAAGGUGGAUACUGCUUUUGGAGGGAUGGAAGCCAUCAAUAUGAUAAGAACUCAAUGUUAUGACAUCGUAUUUUUAGAUUAUAAUAUGCCUGGCAUGAAUGGAUUCUAAUGUAUUACAGAAAUAAAACGGAUAAAUCCAGAUGUAAAGAUCUAUAUGUUGACUGCUUUCAAUGAUAUGAAGACUCAACAAACAUGUCUUAGUGCUGGUGCAGAAAAAAUUCUAUAAAAGCCACCAACCUCUUAAGAUCUUGAACUAUUGUUUAUUUGA